AUGAAGGAGGGGCCCGGGUCACGGUUGGCCAGGAAGAACUCGUUGGAGCGGAGAGACUCGAUCGUCGACGAUUUGGAGGAUCACCCGCCUUUCUAUAUCACGAUGAUGAUUGGAGUGUUGAAAGCUAUUUUCCUGUUCUACGAUGUCGUCACCUACGUGCCGCAUAUGGUUUUCUCCAAUCCAGCGGCAAAGAAAGAGAAAUCUGAGCGAGUGAAGGCACUACCCCGAAAAGAAAACGAACCAUCGAGUCCGUGGGUCCAUGUUGAUGUCAAGGACGGCAAGCUGAUCAAGGCCGACAAGACGCUGGGCCAGAUCUGGGAUGAAGCUGUCAACUUCUAUGAAGAUUUGCCCUGCAUGGGAACCCGUGAGGUGCUGAAGAUCACCAAGGAGAAGCAGGACUCGGGCAAGGUCUUCGAGAAGUGGGAGAUGGGCAAAUACAACUGGCGCUCGUACAACCAGGUCAACCAGCGUGUCAACUUGGUCGCAGGAGCAUUGAAGAAAAUGGGCCUAAAACCCAAGGACCCGGUGGUGAUCUUUGCCGAGACCCGUGAGGAAUGGAUGACCACCGCCUUAGCUUGCUUCAAGAUGAACUUCCCGGUCGCCACCGUCUACGCUACCCUCGGCGAAGACGCCGUCUGCUACGCCCUCAACCAAGUUCAGGCCAAGACGAUUUUCACCACCGAGUCACUGUUGCCAAUUGUCAUGAAAGCCAUGAAAGAUGGCGCCGAGCUGAAGAACAUCGUCUACUACGAAUCCAACGACCCCAACGAGAAAAACGGCAAGAAGAAGAAUGGCGAUGCUGAGUGUGUAAUCUCCUUCUCGGACCUCUUGAACAAGGGCGACAACAACUUUACUCCAGGAAAAGAAAAUAAGCCGUCGCUCGACGAUGUGGCAAUGAUCAUGUACACUUCCGGAACCACGGGAAAUCCGAAGGGAGUUAUGCUGGCUCACCGGAAUAUUGUCGCCGCCACAGCCGGACAGGGCUUUGACAUUGAUGUCGAUCCGAAAGACACCUACAUCGGUUAUUUACCGCUCGCUCACAUCCUGGAAGUUUGCGCCGAAUGUGUAUGCAUUAUCAAGGGAACCAAAAUUGGAUAUUCAUCCGCACAAACACUCUUCGAUCGCGCCCCCAAGAUUCCGAAAGGCCACAAGGGAGAUACCUCCGAGCUGAAGCCGACUUUGAUGGCGUGCGUACCGGCCGUGAUGGACCGCAUCUACAAGGCUGUUGUUGAUGACGUUAAUUCCCGAUCCCCGCUAUUCAGGGAAGUCUUCAAGUGCAUGUACGAGCGCAAAAGGUCACGCUACGAGGAAGGCUACAAGACACUACUCCUGAACAAAUUGGUAUUCAACAAAAUCGGCAAGAUCCUGGGCGGCGAGCUGCGAUGCGUGUUGUCUGGUGGAGCCCCGUUGUCACCGGAAACUCAAAGAUUCAUGAACAUUUGCUUCUGCUGCCCGGUCAUUCAGGGAUACGGUUUGACAGAGACUUGCGGAGGAGCGACGAUUGCUGAUUUGCACGACCUCUCCACCGGAACCGUCGGCCCACCCCUCCGUUGCGCCCAAAUCAUCCUCGAAGCCUGGGAAGAAGCCGGAUACUCGCCCGACAACGAGACCCCACAGGGAGAGGUUCUAAUCGGUGGAGACCACGUUGCACUUGGCUACUACAAAGACGAGAAAAAGACGAAGGAAGAAUUCUUGGAAAGGAAUGGUGUCCGAUAUUUCGCGACUGGAGACAUUGGAGAGUUCCGUGCUGAUGGAUCCUUGAAGAUUAUUGAUCGUAAAAAGGAUCUGCUCAAGCUGUCCCAUGGAGAGUAUAUCUCGCUGGGAAAGGUCGAGACGAAUCUGUUGACGAAUCCGUUGAUCGAGAACAUCUGCGUCUAUGGAGAUUCGAACAAAUCUUAUGUGAUUGCGUUGGUUGUGCCGAAUCAAAAGAAUUUGUCUGCAUUGGCGGAGAAGAAUGGCGUAGACACCGGUAACUGGGAAAAAGUCUGCGCGAACCCCAAGAUCGUCAAAGCCGUACUCGAUGAGCUGACCGGAUACGUUAAAGGAAAACUGGAGCGCGCCGAAAUCCCCCAGAAGAUCCACCUGUGCCAUGAGCCCUGGACGCCAGCUUCUGGUCUCCUAACGGAAGCGCUGAAGCUGAAGCGCAAGAACAUCGAGAAGGAGUUCAAGGAAGAGAUCGAGCGGUUGUACAAA